AUGAGUGCUCCGAAAAGGAGGGUGCCAGAAGGCUCAUGCUGGAGCUGCAAAAAGCGAAGACUGAAGUGCGAUCUCCGUCAACCAACAUGCUCAAAGUGCGAGGUCAGCUCUGUAACAUGCGACUACUCCCAAAAGCCGAUUCAAUGGGUCGGAGGUGCUGCAUUUCGCGGUCUUUUGAAGUCCAUUGGUCCUCCUCCAGUGACUGAACACAACAGCACAACACAUAAUGAUCCACAUCGCCCUCGUUCCGCGUGCAGCUCGCCGCAGCAAUCUUCAAUCUAUACAGCUAUAUCAUCGCCAAUGAUGCCGGAAUCCUUGGUUUCAUACUUUACGCAUGCAGUAUGGCCGAGAUUCCAACUAUCUGGCCAGAUCAUCUCUCUUGACGAAGAUAUGCUCGUGCAUGAGUCUGCUCUACGAGAUGCAGUCCUUGCUGUGGCACAAGCUCAUCAUCAUCUACUGUUGAAGAGCGAGGAAAGUGUCAUGGCGAAACCCGGAGGUCAGACGCGGCGGCAAGCUCGUCAAGUAGCGCUGUCACGAUUUCGCACUCGCAUAGAACGCGGUGUCGAGAGUGAAGAAGAAGCUUCUCGUCUCUUUCAAAUCGUCUGCAUGUUCUGUAUCUUGGAUGGUAUGAUCUAUCCCGACGACCAGGGCAAUGCCUCCGAACAGCAUCUGCGUGGCGGAUUCUCGAUGCUUUCCAGCUGGAGUUCGAUCCCUUUGAAGAUGCUCCUGGCUGGAGGUCUGCAAGCACAUCUGUUUAGCAUAUUUGCGACCGUGGAUCUGAUGCAUUCUUUGCUCGACGGUACCAAGCCAUUCUUUGAGCCGACCAUGUGGUUCAUGUUCGCUGGCGUCCAAGCCUGGUGGGGACGGCUGCAUCCUGGAGACCCCUUUCUAGCAGUCCUCAAACUUUACUCCGAGAUGGCUUUCCUGGGUAGCAUUGUCUAUGUUCGUCUGCCUGGGUUAGACGGACUACGUCUCGCCGAAAGGUGUUUGGAGCCUAUCUUGGGCUCUUUGAGAACAGGUCUCCCACGAUCUACGACUCCAGAUUUCACGACACCAGAAGAUUGGAACACUUUUUGCAGUCUUUAUGAAGCCAGCGCCGCUGUGUAUGUCUACAGGGCCUUGCAGAACCGACGAGUUGACGACGAAACGGUGCAGCGUAUUGUGCGCAACGCCGUGUCGUCGAUAGUCGAUCGCCCGCUGCCCGACAUGAUGGCCCAUUGCCUUAUCUUCCCGUUGUUGGUCAUUGGCUCCCACUGCCUAUAUUCGCAGGAUCAGCGAGCCAUCCUAGACCUGAUAUCCUCAUCCGCCUCAUAUCUUGCUUUCGGUAACCUCAUUGUUAUGAUGAAUUUGCUACGGGAGAUCUGGUCGCAGAGCAAUAUGAACUCAAACUGGUGGGACAUGUUUCGUCCCAUCUCGAAGAACGUAUUCCUGUUCUGA